CAAAUGCUUAGCUGACGGCUGUCCGCGUGCUUUUCUGCCAUAAGCGCUGCAUAUUUGUUGAAAUCCCUGCCCCGCCUAUAUUUUAUAAAGCUGGAAUUUCGUGAUACUGUUUAAAUGAAAUUCGCGGCUGGGUAGUGUCGCUUUAAUUUUUUAUUUAUAUAUUAUUUUAGCACACCGCAAUGGCUUCUUCCAGCAACAACAACCCUGGUCGCCACGCCCGUACAGCCCUCAUGGAUAUCUACAAGGCCGAGCGCUCCUGGGACGGAUGGAACUCUGACGGAAUCACCAUAACCAACGACCUGGUCAACCUGCUUCUCCAAGCACACAACUCGCAAGAGCCUGCCGUUUGGCACCCGACCCUUCCGCAACUUUUUCCCGACGUGGCCGAAAAGUUUCUCACCACCACACUAAUAACAGCAAGGCACAAAAUCGACCAACUGCAGCACAAAAUCACCAUGAUGAACCGCCAAAUCGACCGCAUAGACGCUGCCUCCGAGUUGCUCAUCAAACUGCUCCCGCCAAAGGGUAGCUCUGUGGAGUUUGUGGAGCCGCUGCUGUUUGGCUCUGUGACGUGGUAUGCGGAGUUGGCACAACGGGUGGAGGGUGCAUACAGAGCUGCCGUGGAUAUGAGAGUGGGGCAUAUUGCAGAGCUGGAGAAGUGCAUUGAGGGAUUCGAGUCGGUGCAAGGCGGCGCGAGGCUGGAUAGUGACGAGCAACUGGUCAAGUUGUCUUAUUGGCUGCACUCGCCUGGACUUAAGAACGCGAUUUUGCUGGACACCACAUCGACGCUGAUGCUCAGCGACUUUGAUGAAUUGGUGCGCAUGGAGUUGGGCAUAGAGCAAAUUUAGAAUAACUUGGUGCCUGUCUUGAAUGUUUGAAUUUCGUUGUAUUUAAAGUGAUGUUUAAUAAUAAAAGCGUGG